AGAGAAUCUUUCUUAAUACACACGCAUGCUGGUUUCCGCCAUGGUCGCUUUCCCAUUUGGAUCGCAUUCGUGUUUCCGAGAUCUCCCUCGCUGCUGUAGUUCUCAAUCACUUUUUAGGCUUUCACCUUCACAAUCCCUAGCAAUUGCUAGAUAAAAUCGCCGAGAAGCUAGAGUUUCGAGCCGUCGUUGAUUCCUGAGAUUUUUUUUUUUCUUCUUUCUACUGGAGCUGGGAAAUAAUGACAGCAAUUGCAGUUCACCAGUUCGCUCAGUGCAUCACUUGCCAUGCUUGGAGCCCCGAUCACUCCAUGGUUGCAUUUUGUCCGAACAAUAAUGAAGUUCACAUUUAUAAAUCGUUACAAGACAACUGGGAAAGAGUACAUGUUCUCCAAAAGCAUGAUCAACUUAUCUCGGGGAUAGACUGGAGUGUUAGGUCAAACAGAAUUGUGACUGCAUCUCAUGAUCGAAAUUCAUAUGUUUGGAACCUUGAAGGAUCGGAAUGGGUACCAACUCUUGUCAUUCUUAGACUAAACCGAGCUGCACUCUGUGUUCAGUGGAGUCCAAAAGAAAACAAGUUCGCAGUUGGAAGUGGGGCAAAAACUGUUUGCAUAUGCUACUAUGAACAAGAGAACAAUUGGUGGGUCAGUAAACUUAUCAGGAAAAGACAUGAUUCUUCUGUGACAAAUGUUGCUUGGCAUCCCAAUAAUCUGCUUCUUGCAACAACCUCAACGGAUGGAAAAUGUCGAAUCUUUUCCACCUUCAUUAAAGGCGUGGACACAAAGGAUUCAAGAGCAGGCAAAUUUUCGGAUUCAAAGUUCGGAGAGUUAAUUGUUCAGCUCGAUCUUUCAUUCUCUUGGGCAUUUGGCGUGAAGUGGUCACCAAGUGGCAAUACCUUAGCUUAUGCAGGACACAAUUCGAUGAUUUACUUCGUUGAUGAAGUUGGUCCUUCUCCUCUAGCCCAGAGUGUUGCAUUCCGAGAUUUGCCUCUUCGUGAUAUACUAUUUGUUUCUGAGAGAAUGGUUAUAGGUACAGGAUUUGAUUGCAAUCCUAUGGCUUUUGCUGCUGAUGAAAGAGGGAUCUGGAGCUUUAUAAGAUUUCUUGGUGAAAGGAAAACAGCAUCAGGUUCAAAAUAUGGAUCCCAGUUUUCAGAGGCAUUUGGGAAGUUGUAUGGUCAAUCGAAGCAAGGUGUUGGCAAUGAUUCAGUUGAAUCUUCAAGAUUGCGCGGAUGCGUCCACGAGAAUUGCAUAACUUGUAUUGUGCCUCUUAGAGAGCCAGGGGUUUCCACUAUAAAGCGGUUCAGCACUUCAGGUUUGGAUGGAAAAGUGGUCAUUUGGGAUUUGGAAGGCCAGGCCGAUCUAUCUCAGUACUUGUGAACCUUGCAUUCAUUAACCUUGUCACAUUACCAUGUAAAGAAUCUUGCUCUCGGCAUAGUCACAUCUCCUUGUAUAUUAUAUCCCAGCUGCUAGACCUGAUUGCCUUUCUACUUGUAGCAAAAACCAUGUUUGAUUUUGUGUAUGUAUGUAUUUUCACCCAACCGUUUGCUCUUACAGAUUUCAUAACUCAUGAUUGGAAUUCUAUCUCCCCAUUUAGGUCUCAAAUUAUGUUCGGACUAUUGGUUUAGUGUCUUGUAUGAUGUUCAUUCUUUCCAAA